GAGUGAGUGAGGGACAUAGGGAAAGAGAGCAAGAGAGGGAGAGAGAAGGAGAGGGAGUGAGAGAGCAAGAGAGAAAAGAUAAAUGUGCCUUCUACCGCUGGCUAGUGGAGAGAUAGCAGCCACAGUAGGAACCAGAGCAGCACGGGAGGACGGCACGCUGCAGGCUCCAGACCCUCUCUGAAGCACAACAACUGGGGACAACUAUUCCCCCACACUACUCCAACCAUCGCUGACCGACGGGGCAGAGCAAACAGCGGGAAUUGGCUCGGACAAAGGGCGAGUGUGAGCAGGAAGCCAUACCGCCCCGAGCCCCAGCGGCUAACGGGGGCUCUGCCCGCUGCGUCCUCAGGCAUGAGGCCCCGCUCCAGACCGAUGAGCAAGAGGAGGCUCCAGCUGCCGACCAUCAGAGAGGGCAGCGAGGAGGCGCCCAGGGACCCCCCCCAGCCCCCCGCCUCCGUCUGCUCCCAGGACUACCUGCUCUCCAUCUGCCACCUGGCCCUCCCCACCUUCCCGGCUCCGCCCGGCGGGGGGGCCCCCGACCCCCUGGAGCUGCUCUACGGCGGGACGGCCCUCUCCUCCUGCUGGGAGGGCGGUGGCGAGGAGAGGAGGAGGAGGAGGAGUGUGGGGGGGCAGAGCGGGGAGGAAGGCCUCUCCGGUUGGCGCGGCGACAGAGACGACCGGGACGGCCGCGAGGGGAGGCGGCGCGCCCGGGCCAACAGCGUCCCCCGCCUCACCAGCCCCAACUGCCCCCCGAGGCGCAAGGGCAGCUGCCCCGAGGUGCACCCCCUGCCCGGCCCCCAGACCCCCGCGCACCCCCCGGCCGCGCCCCCAGACGGCCCCCCGGUCCCAGAGGUCAGAGACAGUCCGGAGGAGGAGACGGGGGGCCGAGGGGAGAGGGGGGGGGCCGAGGAGGAACAGGAUCCCGGGGGCAAACCCUCCCUCCUGUCCCAGUGGCUCUCUGACUGUAGGUCAGCGUGGAGGGUCACAGCAGGCGUGCUGCCGGCCAUCGCUGAGAUAUAGGCCGGCCCGCGGCACGCAAAGACACUCUGUACUUAGACUCCAUUCUUAUUGUUUGUUUUUAUAUGUGUCGUUUCGUUCAGAGGUUGAGAAGAGACAACAUGCAGUCUAACACUGGUCGAUACAGCUGUAUGAAAGGGAUAUCGCUUGCCUUAAUACAUAAUGAUAUCUACAUGUUAAUAUAUAUUAAGGCAAGCUUAUAGCUAUAUAUUGUUACUCUUGCCUGUGAUCUGUGAUUGUUUUGCUUAUAUACUCUGACCAACUCGUGCUUGGCUUAUGCCAAAAUGAAAUCUGAAAUCUGCAAAAUCAUUUUAUACCCUGGGUGCCCUGUGGGUCAGAGAGAAAUAAUGAAGGAAUAAAUAAACGAUCGAUUUUGAUACUCUUAAACCAUCGAGGGUUGAGUGUGCGUUUGCUUGCCGGUACGGACAGCUUGACAACACCACCCCUCGCAUCUGUGCGGGUGUCCGUCGCCGUCGUUCCUAUGGUAACUGUUGAGGGCGAGCUGGGUAAGUAAAAAAAAAAAAAAAGAAUAAAACCUUGAUUCCAAAUGCAGAGUUGGCAGGCUGGCGAGCGCACGCACGCCAACACCCCAGCAUCUUCUUUGUUUAGCCCUUUCUUGGAAAGCGUGAAUCACCAACAUCAGCGCACAAUAGGGCACUCGGAAACCUUACACAAGCCCAGACGGCCACCCAGCCGGUAAACCCAAGCGCUCUCCGGCUGCUGUUAGUGAUACUACCGCUAGGGGGCAGCCUUGGCUCAGAUUCUCAUUCGUAAUGUCAUGUAUCCACGUAACGGUGUGCUUUGGAAGAGAAUACUCCUGACCUCCAGUGGUCAAAAGCAGUCAGCUCAGGCAGAAAUCCCCCAAAGGCCUCAGCUUGGUUACCAAAACAACCAACGUAGGCCAGAAUAUUCAGGUAAAUUCUACUUAAUAUCCAACACACAGAACAUCAAUAACGCAGACUAAAUGUUGACAUUUUGAAAGCAAUUAGUACAAAAUAAACAACUCAUGUCCACGUCCACAGUGACCUAUUAAAACAGCAAGUGCCGGGCAGUCAAAGUCCAAUGAACCACCUGGGUCAGAGUGAAGGUUGAACUUUUAAGGGAGUCAUGCAUGCUGAUUGUUCGGACUGCACAUUUAACAAAACAUGUUUACUACACCGCCAUUUCACCAUGUUUGUGAAAUAGACAAAUCAUCAAAAGGGAGAUAAGAAUGAAUGAAGCCUCUUUGUGUGUGUUUGUUUGUUUGUGUGUGUGUGUGUGUGUGUGUGUGUGUGUGUGUGUGUGUGU